AUGUUCUCUAACACAAAGAUCACAUCUUGCAGUUAAGUUUUAAUAAAAAAUGGCUAAGCAGUCUGUGUUGGAUUUAGAUCAGCUCCAAAUAAACCUAUCGAUUCUAAAACCAAAAGAUCUGCUGAAAACAUGGAUUAAUUCAAAGUAAGGUAAAAUCUCCAUGUUGGGAUGAUAAAGAAACCUCUUGAGCCUUACCAUCCAAAUGCCCACAGAAGUAGAUUACCCUCACCCACUGUCGUAAUGCCCUAUAAGAAUUCUUCAUAAAUUGUAAUUGGAGACAGAAGUUCAUUCAAUAAAAAGCAAUUUGUGUCAACUUAAUAAGCAAAUCACUAAGCAGUUUAAAAUUUCGGCACUUCUAAUCCAGGUAUUGUUGCAGAGAAAACAAAAAGAUAAAAGCAUUUAAUAAAUCUAUGA